AUGAGUCAAGGCGAUCGAGCUCAUCGCAAGGGAGUUUCUACUUCGCUUGCAUCAUCAAAUGCGCACUUGAGAGCGCUUCAUGUCGACCUCCAGCGAUCUGUGGGAUCUGCGGACAGCAAGUACUCGCUCCGCGACAACUCCAUGAUAUCUGAGGAUGACGGAGAGCGGCGCGGAGACGAUCUUCCUAGCGUCAUGUACGGCGGCAGAAAGUUUGCCACCCUCGACGGCACAUACUACAUGUCGGAGAGGACCAGCACCAACGAAGACUGCCAGACACAAGCCUUGCGGCUGCCGAAGGGCUGGGCCAUCGCUCCGGAUGACUGGCGGUCGAGAGAAGUCAUCAGUCAGUACACUUGGGGAACCGAUUACAUGUUGGUCGAAAGCGGCUCAUACUAUCGCACAACAUGCUGGUAUUGCUCCAAUGGAGGCUCCUCUCUACGCAGCAGCGACGGCUUGUACUGGCCGGCGUCUUGCAACAUGCGGAUACUGAUCGUGUACGUGGGAUGCCCGCAAGGUCAGACCCCAGACUUCUGCUCCACGAGGUAUCGAGACUCCGCGACUGCAGACCCAGCGCCUGCGCACUUCCAAGGCCCUCCGAAUGCGACGAUCCUCAACACAUCCUACCUCAAGUCAGACCUGGCGGUAGGAAGAAAUUGGUCCUACAUCCUCUCGCCAAGCUCUGUCGAUGACGGGAGCUGGAGAGUGCCGGACCUUGGGUUUCCCUUCUGCGUUGGAGGGAACAACGUGCAAUCAUCGGUGUACAUAUCGUCCAACAGCUACUUGACCUUCGGACAAGCCUGGUCGACCUACACCUCCCUGUCAGCCAGCAAUCCUUACGUCCCGACUCUGUUUGUCGGAGCUGGAGACACUUCAGCCCAGCUGAUCGUCGGGACCCCCACCAGGGAGGGAGACAUGCGGGGGUACGUGGUGAGGUUCGAGGGGACCUCGUCUACCUCGGGGCUCCCGGGGCAUCCGAACCUCAUCUUCGAGGUGACUUUCUUUGCCAACAACACCUUGCGGGUCGCGAUCGGCAUGCAGAACACCUACUUCUCGACCAUGUACAUGAUGAGCGACGGCAGGGGGUCAACUUUGACGUCUUUCUCCAUGCCCGACCGUGAGGCUCGUCUGCUUGUCUCUGGUGUGCCGUCGCCGUAUGUGAUGCUUGACUUGCCGUGCGUGCUGUGCAACAACUCCAUCCCUCCCAACGCCAUCUACUCCUCCGACUUCUCUACGGCAUCGCAGUCGUGCAAUUGGAUAUGCCAACCCGGGUUCUACCUCAAAGGCGAGAGCUGCGCUGAGUGCGAAGGGAAGCCCAGCAACGCCAGCUACUCCGACGAGCUCUGCGGGUGGACGUGCGACGUUGGCUUCUACAAGUCAGGGAGCGUGUGCAUGCCCUGCACCAAGAGGCCGGCCAACGCUGUGUUUGUGUCGGCAGGGCGCGGGGAGGGGUCGGACUCCUGUGCCUGGCAGGAGGUAGUGGAAGAGGAGGGGUACGUGUUCUCGACUCUUGGCGGGUACGGUCCUACGUCGCAGUACUCCAUGUGGGGCUGUGUGUCGGAAUGGCAGGAGUACCUGCCGCUGCCUGCGGGCUGGUCGAUCGCUCCGGACAACGAGAUCAGCAUCAACGUCACCGCCAAGUACGACUGGGGAGCUCUUCGGCUUGUGCUGGACAGCAGCUCGAGCUACUUCACCAACAGCGUCAUGUCAGGAGAUAACUGGUAUUAUUGGUAUUGGUACUACUGGCAAUACCCGGGCUCGUACUACAGUAGCGGCUAUCUCUCGACGUAUGACAGAGUUUACUAUCGCUCGUCAGAUUGCGAAGCUCGAGUUCUGCUCCUCGCUCCCGUAUGCGCAUCGGGCUACAUGGCCGUCGCUCCUGCAGCCUCUGCAAGCGGAUCGACGAACGCGUCUCGCUGUGUCCCAUGCUCCAACACCAUCCCUUCCGGCGCACAGUACGUGCUCUCGCCCUACCCUCAGGAGGCGAGCAGCUGCGGGUGGAGCUGUCAGGUUGGCUUCUACCCGUCAGGCUCGACGUGCUCCAAGUGUGCGGGCAAGCCUUCUGCUGCCGUCUACGUGGGCGCCGGGCUGAUGGGCAAGGCAGACAGCUGUGCUUGGAGCUGCUUGCCGGGCUACCGCGAGGUCGACGGAUGGCGAUGCGAGGCCUGCGCGUCUUCGCUGCCUCCCAAUGCUCACUGGGAGGGGUCAGGCUGCUCGUGGGCGUGCGACUUUGGUUAUCGUCAGAGCGGGAGCAGCUCUUGCGACGACAUCACCGUAGGAUACAACGGACAGCGCUAUGCGAGCUUGGGAGGGAGAGCCCCAUACGACAGCUCGACCUGCAGCUGGGAGGGAGCGAGAGCCCUGCCGGAGGGGUGGGUGAUAGCGCCCAACACAGGCGACAGCAUCUCUGUGGUGUCUCAGUACCCGUGGGGGGCCAGCAAUGUCGUGCUGGAGGACGGGACGGCAUGGAACACAGGAUACGGAGGCAUGUGCUGUACGUCGCGACUGUACAACUACGACGGGAUGUUCACGUCACGAGACAGCUGUGGGACGGUGCUGGUGGUAGCAGAGGACUGUCUCGCGGGCUACUACAGGGAUCCCUCCAACAUGACCCGCUGCAUUCCGUGCAGCAGCUACAAGCCUGAUCACGCCACCUACAACAGCAGCGGCUCGCCUGCAAACAAGAACAACUGCGACUGGCAAUGCGACGCCGGCUACUACAGGGAUGCUUACGGGAGCUCUUGUGUUGCCUGCUCGGUAGCCCCUCCCAAUGCUGUGUACACCACGAGCGAGCCCGGAGAGAGCUGCAGCUGGACGUGCCAUGCAGGCUACUACCUCCAAGACGGGGCAUGCAAAGCCUGCGAGACGAGUCUGCCAGAGUUCGCCUACUUCACAGCAGGCGAAGUCAGCGGGAGGCAGUGCGAGUGGUCAUGUCGGUUCGGGUAUGUGAGGAGCAACGGAAGGUGCGUCGGGACCAAGUACGCCGGAAGAUACUACACGACUCUGAGCGGCAGAGCUCCCAACGACCCCUACACCUGCCGUGACGAUCCGUACUUGCCGGUACCGGCAGGAUGGGAGCUCGCCCCCAACGACCAAGACAGUCAGUACGUCACUUGGUACUUCACCUGGGGAUCGAACUACUUGGUGUUUUCAGAUGGCUCUCUGUGGUACACAGCUCGCAGCACUAGCUCUACCAGUCCGCAGCAAUGCUGCUGGGGAUAUCUGAGCUCCUACAACGGCAUGUACAAGGCAAAUGGUUGUGACAAGGGAGUUCUGCUGAGGUCUACUGAAUGUGCCCCGGGAUAUCUCAAGAGCGGCUCAAGCUGUGUGCCCUGCAGUAACGCGCUGCCUGCCAACUCGUCAUAUGGCAGUCUUAUAGCAGCAGACAACCAGCUCAUCUCCACCUGUGCAUAUGUGUGUAACGCCGGCUACAAGCAGCAAGCCGAUCAUUGUGUAGCUUGUGACCGAGCGACGCUGCCAGCCCAUGCUGAGUAUGUCCAGUUGACGAUGAGACACGAAAUCGAGUACGAGUGCCAAUGGCGAUGCAGCGCGGGCUACCUCCUCAAGGACGGUCAGUGCGUCGCGUGCGAGGACAGGAAGCCGCGGGCGGCUCACUGGCUGCGGGAGGGCAGCAGCGGGACGGCAUGCGGCUGGGCGUGCGACUUCGGCUACUUCGCGUCGGCAGACGGAGACUGUCUGCCGCUGCGCUCGUACGGCAACCGAUACUACGCCGCCCUCGACGGCUCCUCUCCGUAUGAUCCCAACAACUGCAACGGUGGGCUGAGGGCGAUCCCUGCGGGCUGGGCGAUAGCUGCCAACACCGGGGACAGCCGCAUGACAGCGUGGAUGUACACCUGGGGCCCCUGCAGGCUGAUGAUGUCAGACGGCUCUUCCUGGUACAGCUCCUGGUGUACGUCGUCGUCAUCGCCUCAGUCAGAGUGCUGCUACUCGCUGGUGUCGUACGACGGCAUGUACAGGUCGACAGACUCGUGCGGGUCGAUCCUGCUCGUGUCGCAGUACUGCGCGGCAGGCUACUACCUCCGUAACGACUCGAGCUGCGGCAACUGCUCCAACCCCAUCCCCCCUCACGCCCUCUACGUCGCCCAGCAGGACCCCAGCCGCUACGCCGACAGCGUCUGCCCGUGGGCCUGCGAGCCCGGCUACACGCGACGAGGCGAGGCGUGUCAGGCGUGCGAGACGGCGCCGGAGCACGCGGAGUACGUAGCGUACGGGCCGGGUGGGGUCAACGGGUCGUGGACGGAGUGCGGGUGGCGAUGCAGCGCGGGCUACCUCCUCAAGGACGGUCAGUGCGUCGCGUGCGAGGACAGGAAGCCGCGGGCGGCUCACUGGCUGCGGGAGGGCAGCAACGGGACGGCAUGCGGCUGGGCGUGCGACUUCGGCUACUUCGCGUCGGCAGACGGAGACUGUCUGCCGCUGCGCUCGUACGGCAACCGAUACUACGCCGCCCUCGACGGCUCCUCUCUAUGGAGGGGAGAUAACAGUUACAAUUACUACUGGUACUAUUACAACGUCAAUGUCGGGCUGAAGGCGAUUCCGGCGGGCUGGGCGAUAGCUGCCAACACCGGGGACAGCCGCAUGACAGCGUGGAUGUACACCUGGGGCCCCUGCAGGCUGAUGAUGUCAGACGGCUCUAAUUGGUACACGUCUGGGUGUAGCUCGUCAUCAUGGUCGUCGCCUCAGUCAGAGUGCUGCUACUCGCUGGUGUCGUACGACGGCAUGUACAGGUCGACAGACAGGUACGGGUCGAUCCUGCUCGUGUCGCAGUACUGCGCGGCGGGCUACUACCUCCGUAACGACUCGAGCUGCGGCAACUGCUCCAACCCCAUCCCCCCUCACGCCCUCUACGUCGCCCAGCAGGACCCCAGCCGCUACGCCGACAGCGUCUGCCCGUGGGCCUGCGAGCCCGGCUACACGCGACGAGGCGAGGCGUGUCAGGCGUGCGAGACGGCGCCGGAGCACGCGGAGUACGUAGCGUACGGGCCGGGUGGGGUCAACGGGUCGUGGACGGAGUGCGGGUGGCGAUGCAGCGCGGGCUACCUCCUCAAGGACGGUCAGUGCGUCGCGUGCGAGGACAGGAAGCCGCGGGCGGCUCACUGGCUGCGGGAGGGCAGCAACGGGACGGCAUGCGGCUGGGCGUGCGACUUCGGCUACUUCGCGUCGGCAGACGGAGAUUGUGUUCUGCUGCGCUCUCACGGCAACCGAUACUACGCCGCCCUCGACGGCUCCUCCCCGUACGGGCCCUACUAUGGGUGUAACUAUGCCAGGCUGAAGGCAAUCCCGGCGGGCUGGGCGAUAGCUGCCAACACCGGGGACAGCCGCAUGACAGCGUGGAUGUACACCUGGGGCCCCUGCAGGCUGAUGAUGUCAGACGGCUCUAAUUGGUACACGUCUGGGUGUAGCUCGUCAUCAUGGUCGUCGCCUCAGUCAGAGUGCUGCUACUCGCUGGUGUCGUACGACGGCAUGUACAGGUCGACAGACUCGUGCGGGUCGAUCCUGCUCGUGUCGCAGUACUGCGCGGCGGGCUACUACCUCCGUAACGACUCGAGCUGCGGCAACUGCUCCAACCCCAUCCCCCCUCACGCCCUCUACGUCGCCCAGCAGGACCCCAGCCGCUACGCCGACAGCGUCUGCCCGUGGGCUGCGAGCCCGGGCUACACGCGACGAGGCGAGGCGUGUCAGGCGUGCGAGACGGCGCCGGAGCACGCGGAGUACGUAGCGUACGGGCCGGGGGGGGUCAACGGGUCGUGGACAGAGUGCGGGUGGCGAUGCAGCGCGGGCUACCUCCUCAAGGACAGUCAGUGCGUCGCGUGCGAGGACAGGAAGCCGCGGGCGGCUCACUGGCUGCGGGAGGGCAGCAACGGGACGGCAUGCGGCUGGGCGUGCGACUUCGGUCACUAUCGAUCUCAGGGGGGAGGGAGCAACGUCAACGCCAGCAAGUGCGAGAUGUUCCAGUACGGCAACCGAUUCUACACCACCCUACAAGGCCACCGGCCCGACGACCCCUACCAGUGCAACACACCCUUGACCUUUAGCAGCAUCCCGGCGGGCUGGGCGAUAGCUGCUAACACCGGGGACAGUCAGAUGGCGAUCGCGACUCAGCGGUGGGGAGUAUGUUACCUCCAGCUAUCCGACAGCUCUAUCUGGUACACCAGCAGCUGUCAAUGCUGUAACUACCCAUAUAGAUGGGGAUCCAACUCACUGAUCGGAUAUGACGGUAUGUAUCGAUCUUGGAACACGUGCAGCGACAUUCUUCUCAUGUCGCUCUUCUGUGCUCCCGGGUUCUACCUCUCCGGCUCUUACUGCUACCCCUGCUCCAACCCCAUCCCUGCCAACGCCAGCUAUGCUCUUCCUUCCAGCCCCAGCCAAUAUGCGGACAGCAAGUGUCCCUGGGAGUGCAAUGCCGGCUUCUACCGGAGCUCCGAGUGGAUGGUCUUGACGCACGUGGUGAGGUACCUCGGCAAGGUCUACGCAGCCUUCGACGACGUCGCUCCCACGUCGCUCAACCUCAGCUGCCAGCAUGACGGCUCCAGGUACCAGCAGCCUCCUGCGGGCUGGACGCUGGCGCCAUGGAGCGAGGAAGCUGUGAGAGUCGUCGGGUCGUACCCAUGGGGAGCUCGAGCCAUCGUGCUCGCCAACGGAGUCGCUUACCAGACGGCGCAGCCUUACCAGGACUACAUGAGCUACCAAACGCCCGGCACCCGCAUCUUCAGCAACAUGCUCUACAGCAGCGGCAACUCCUACGCCCUCUCGUCCUGCGACAACGGAUACUACGCCCUGCGGAUGCUGCUUGUGCGCCUAGAGUGUGAUGACGGCUACGUGGGCCGAGGCGAUCAAGACUGCACGCCAUGCUCGGGCAGCCUACCGGCCAACGCGGUAGCCUCCUCGGGACCAGGCGGGUGCGGAUGGACCUGUCGGGCAGGAUACUACAAGGCGUAUGAGGGAUGCGCGUCGUGCGACCCGAGGUAUCCCAAGCCAAGCAACGCUCUCUAUGUGGAAGCCGACGGGUCGAGCGGUCAGGUCUGCCAGUGGCGAUGCGGCACGGGUCACUAUCGCAGUCAAGGCGCUUGUGUGCCCUGCAUGAACGCUCCCAACUUCGCCUACUUCCUCGACGCCGCUGACGAGGAGUGCGCUUGGCGCUGUCAGCCGGGAUACUUCCAGUCAGGCACGCGUUGCCUCGCCUGCAAGCCCCCGCCGUCACCGGAGAGCGACGUCGUCGUGAGGCCAGCCUCCAUGCGGUGCAACAUCACGAGGUCGUGCAGGCAGGACUAUCCCGAUGCGAUGCUCUACCAGUGCGGCUGGAUCUUCGCCGUCACCUCUCGCAGCGGGGACGAGUACGCCGUGCUCAUGGACAACAUGACGGAGCCUUGGGACCCCCUGCAAGGGCCCUUAUCGAGCUCCAACCAGAGGCUUCAGUGCGGCAUGGUCCAGCUGCCGGCCGGCUGGCAAGUAGCUCCCAACGACACGGACACUGUUGAGGUCAUCGCACGCUACCCGUGGGGUCUCCAGCAGCUCGUGGUGUCCGACGGCACAGUCUACGCCACGUCAAACUACAACUACGUGACUGCUGGUCGCGUCAUGGCCCUCAACGGCUUGACCAAGUCUAUCCGAGCUGACGCUGAGCUGUACGCGCUGUCAUCAGGCCAGUACUGUCAGAACACUCGCAUCCUCAUCAAAAAGAUUCGCUGUGCUCCCGGCCAGUACGUCUCCGGGUCCUCCUGCAGGGCUUGCUCGACCCCUGUCUGCAACAGCGGGGAGCACGCGCUAGCCUGUCAGGAGCUGCAGGACAGCAUCUGCAGCUCAGCUCUCAAGCCCUGCACAGGCAAGUGCCGGUGCCAGCUGUUUGACGAGGCGAGAGGGUCCAUGUCCGACGGAUCGGCACUGUCAAGCCUGUACGAGGACGGGAGCAACUGCCGGUGGAUCAUCCAGCCUCCAGGCGCCUCCUCCAUCUCCCUCAACUUCACCUCCUUCGCCCUCGAGCCGGGAUACGACUUCCUCACGAUCAACGAGUGCAUCGGCCUCCUGGGAGCGUCGCUGGAGUGCUACGGGAGGACGGAGGUCGCCAAGCUCACGGGCCUGCACAAGGCCAUGUUGCCCUUGGGGGGU